AUGUUCCUAUCAACCUUCAAGGUCCAGAGAAGAAGAGAACCAGGAGAGACUGAGUUCUGGUGGGCAUGUCCCUGUUGUCCCUCAGGUGUCAACAUCAUGUUCCUAUCAACCUUCAAGGUCCAGAGAAGAAGAGAACCAGGAGAGACUGAGUUCUGGUGGGCAUGUCCCUGUUGUCCCUCAGGUGUCAACAUCAUGUUCCCAUCAACCUCCAAGGUCCAGAGAAGAAGAGAACCAGGAGAGACUGAGUUCUGGUGGGCAUGUCCCUGUUGUCCCUCAGGUGUCAACAUCAUGUUCCUAUCAACCUUCAAGGUCCAGAGAAGAAGAGAACCAGGAGAGACGGAGUUCUGGUGGGCAUGUCCCUGUUGUCCCUCAGGUGUCAACAUCAUGUUCCUAUCAACCUUCAAGGUCCAGAGAAGAAGAGAACCAGGAGAGACGGAGUUCUGGUGGGCAUGUCCCUGUUGUCCCUCAGGUGUCAACAUCAUGUUCCUAUCAACCUUCAAGGUCCAGAGAAGAAGAGAACCAGGAGAGACUGAGUUCUGGUGGGCAUGUCCCUGUUGUCCCUCAGGUGUCAACAUCAUGUUCCUAUCAACCUUCAAGGUCCAGAGAAGAAGAGAACCAGGAGAGACUGAGUUCUGGUGGGCAUGUCCCUGUUGUCCCUCAGGUGUCAACAUCAUGUUCCCAUCAACCUCCAAGGUCCAGAGAAGAAGAGAUUACUGAUGAGGUAACGAACCGAGCAAAACACAGACCAAAAUGUAGGCGCGGCUUCAAAC